UUAUAAAAAUGGCAAGUUCUUUGAUGAAAACAAGGGUUGUCCUGUUCAAAUUGAUGAACGCAGGACAAAUGAGCGAAAGGUAUUUCUCGGCAAAUGUUGGAUUUAUCGGGUUGGGCAAUAUGGGCAAUAGUAUGGCUGCUAAUUUAUUGAAAAAGGGUCACAAAUUGCAAGUAUUCGACGUCUCACCAGCAGCAGUAGACGCAGUAGGUAAAUUGGGCGCAGAAAAAUGUUCCUCGGCUGCCGAAGUUGCCAAAAAAUCCGACUUUGUGGUCACAAUGUUGCCAAACAACGCCAUAGUAUUAGACUGUUACAAAGGAAUGGUGGCAUCUGCCAAAAAAGAUACAUUGUUCUUAGAUUCCAGCACAAUCGAUCCAGCAGUUGCCAAAGAGGUCAAACAAUUGGUGAACCAACAUAAUUCUCAAUUUUGUGAUACGCCAGUAUCAGGGGGUGUUCCCGGUGCAGCAGCAGGUACCCUUUGUUUUAUGGUCGGUGGUGAUUCUAAAGAUUUGGAAAGGGCCAGGCCUGUACUUGAAGGAAUGGGUUCUAAAAUCACCCAUUGUGGUGACACUGGUAUGGGACAAGCUGCCAAGAUCUGCAACAACAUGUUACUAGCCAUCAGCAUGAUUGGAGUGUCAGAAUGUAUGAACUUAGGCAAAAGGUUGGGUUUGGAUCCUAAAACCUUGAUGGAUAUUGUAAAUGCUUCAACUGGACGAUGCUGGUCAUCAGAAGUCUACAAUCCAGUUCCUGGAUUGGUACCGACUGCACCUGCUUCCCACAAUUAUGAUG